ACUGCAGCUGCUCCCGAAGCCGCCAGUAUUACAAUAGUUAAUAGCGUCCUACCAAUGGGAGGUUGCUGUGUGAAUGUCGGCUGCGUUCCUUCAAAAUUUCUCAUCCAAGCAGCGCACGUUACCAGCCCUCACAACAACUGCCCACCAUUUCAAGGGAUACGCAACGUCUUUGAAAGGGUGACUGACUUCGAGGCGCUUACGGCACAGAACCGUGCGCUGGUUCGGGACCUUCGGCAGGAAAAGUAUGCUAAGGUUAUCGCAAACUUAGAUAAUGUCGAGUACAUUGAAGGGUUUGGGAAACUUGUCCGGAGUGCCGGUCAACUAGCUGUGGAAGUCCGCCGUGGCCUUGAAGACCAGACGCCUUUUCAAAUCUUGCCCGCGGAUCGUGUCAUCAUUGCCUCUGGAGUCCGCACCAGACUUCCCAGUCAUCUGGUUGACGACCUCACCAGGAUUGACUAUCUGACCAAUGAAACCGCAUACUUCGAGGCGAAACGACCGGACUCGCUCAUCGUACUUGGAGGUGGUUAUAUCGCACUAGAAGCAGCUCAAAUGUUUUCCCGGCUGGGAUCGAAAGUCACGGUCGUACAGCGAUCUGAAAAUGUGCUUUCUAGCCUCGAACAUGACAUAAGUAACGGUUUGAAGGAAUGUUUGACAGGAGAAGGUAUUAAUGUUCAGGUGGGCAUUGAUAUCACUUCAGUAAUAUCUGAUGGAGAUAGAGUCAUUGUUAGAGGUAUUUCUAGGGGAAAAGAGCAGACAUUCAUGGCAUCAAGGCUUUUCCUCGCCGCCGGUCGGUGUGCUAAUACUGCACACAUCUCUGAUCUUCCGAUCAAGUUGGCUAGCACAGCGCAUGGUGGAUUUGUUGUUUCAAACACCCUGGAAACCUCGAUCCCUGGGGUAUACGCCGCUGGCGAUUGUGUUGCCGAUUCCCCGCAGUUCGUUUAUACUGCUGCAGCGGAAGGAAAGCUCGCUGCACUCAACGCUCUGAGAACAAUCAAUAAUCGAGAGCCGGAGAAAAUCGACUAUUCAGUCGUGCCGUGGGUCGUAUUUACUUCUCCAGCUGUUGCAGGCGUCGGUGUUAGUCUCAUUGACGCUCGUGCUAAGGGCAUUGACGCGGAAGCAUCGUCUUUCCCGCUGAACCUUCUUCCUCGCGCUCUCGUACAGCAAAGCACACAGGGCUUCGUAACGCUGGUGCGAGAUAAGAGUGACGACCGGAUCGUGGGUGCCUUUGUUCUGGCAGAAGAGGGAGGAGAACUUGUAAUGGAAGCAGCACUCUCCGUGCGUUACCAUGUCAAGGCCAAAGACCUGGCGGGGAUGUUUCAUCCAUAUCUUACGUGGAAUGAGGCUUGGAAGCUUGCUGCAUUGGGUUUUGAUAAGGAUGUGAAAACCUUAAGUUGCUGCGCAACGUGA